AGUCGAGCAGCGCUUGCUCAUGCUCAGUGCAGAAUGGCGGCUCUUUUGGAAACGGUGCUUCUGGGGAAAGUGGAGACGAGCAAGGCCGUGCAGUGGCUCAGAUGUGGACAGGAGGACGACAACUCCGAGACCCUGGUGAAGUUGCAAGUGCCAAGGCAGGACUUUGUGCCUUUCUUCCUGAACUUCCUUCGCGAGCAGAGCAGCCACGCCCUUGCCAAUGGGCCUGCCACGCCGGCCAAGACCCCCAGCUCCAGGCCGUCGCACGCCCCCGGUUUCUCCAGCGAGCGCCGGGGGUGCAAGGUGGGCGGCGGGGCCGGGCACCGCAGCGCCAGCCGGGUCCAGCUGUUCUCCCCCGCCCCGUCCGUGUCGCCGGCGACGAGCGGGGCAGAGUGGGACCCCCCGUCCGGGUCCGGGUCCCGGUCCCAGUGCCUGAGCGGCAUCAGCGCCCUCAGCAGCCCCUCCUUCAGCGCGGGGUGGAGCCCCGCCUCCAGGGCUCCGCCCCCCGAGAGACGCUCCGCCCAGCGCGCCUGCCUGGGCGACUUCGUGACGUCGCCGCCGGAGGCGGGGUCCCCGAGCCCCGCCCCGCAGCGCCGCGGCCGCAGGAGGAGCGGGGGGGCGGGGCCGCCUCCCGGGCGACAGGCGGGGGGCGGGGGCGGCAGCGGCGGUGGUGGUGGGCGUGGCCAAUACGAGGACGUGGGGCGCUGGGAGGUGGGGAGGAGAGGCGGAGGGGCUGGGCCCGGCAGCAGGGCGGAUGCCGUGCUGUCUCCUCCCCCAGCCCAGCUCAACUUCAACAACAUGGAGGACUUUCCCCCUGUUGGGACGUCUCCUGCCUCGCCCAAGCCAGCCAAGCCGUCCCGCCGGAUCAACCCGACCCCCGUCAGCGCGGAGCGGCCCCUCUCCAAGCCCAAAAGCUGCUUCACCUCCACCCCCUUCUGCGAGCGCUCCAGCCCCACCACUAUCCCAGAGGGCAAUGGGGCGCUGCCUGCUCCGGCGUUCUCCGGCAGCCUAGAGGAGGAGAGGGAGCUCCUGAGGAGAGAGAAAUCCAAACUGGCCCAGCAGUCCCUCUCCCCUCUGCCCGUUGCCACGGAGCCCCGCACCCCCACUAAACCUGGGGUCAGGGCCGGCCCCCGGCAGGCAGGCGACGCCCAGGCGUGCUGCCCCGACCCGUCCAGGGUGACGUGUGCGUCAACGCUGGACCUGCUGGCGCAGCUCUACUGCGCCUGCAUUUCCGAGAACCUGGUACCCAGCGUGUUCCUGGAGCUCUUCUUCGUACUGCAGCUGCUGACGUCGAGGGCCACGUCCGUGUCUGAGGAAGAGGAUGAGGAAGAGCACAAAGGACCAAAGGAGGGAGGAACAGUGGAUGUGCUGGAGAGGCGUUAUUUUAGGAAUCUGCACAACUGCGUGUAUUUUGCUGUCCGAGUCCUGGAGAAUCAGUUUGAGCUGGUGUCACACCUGGACAGGUGUACCCUGCGUCUGCUGGCGGAGAAUGAGAGGGUGGGCUGCUUCUCCCCCUCCCUGCGAGACCGGCUCGCCCAGGCCCAGGGGUCCAGCUCAGCCAAGGCGUCUCCCUCCAUGCCUCCGUUCAUCCAGUCCGUGCCCUUCCAGCCGGCCACUGAUAACCGCUCCAACUUCAGCAGCGACCGGGCCUUCCACACCUUCAAGAAGCAGAGGGACAUUUUCUACGAGCUGCUGCGGGAGUGGGAGGACUGCCACCGCGGGCAGGGCUGGGACUACGAGCGAGCGCUGGGAUCCAGGGUCAGGGGGAUGGUGUGUCAGCUGACCGCGGCGGGAAACCACGCCCACUUUGCGCGGCUCUUCCAGAAGCAGCUGGUUCAGAUGUGUAAGGGUCCUCAGGUGCUGGGCUCCCCGGGCGACGCCCCGGACCCUGACCUGCUCGGCAUGCUGGGAGCGGACAGCCUGGGGCGGCUCAAGCGCCUGCAGGAGCGGCUGAUCCAGCCCCAGGGCCUCCUGGGACCCUGCCCCCCUCCCUCCUUCCCCGGGUACCAGGAGUUCUUCAGGGACUUCCUGCAGUCGGCCAGCAGCUGCCAGCUAAACCAGCACUUGACGGACAGCCUGUGUCAGCAGCUCCUCCGGCUGGACGAGGAGGACAACCUGGGGCUGGACGGAGCGCAGAGGGAGGGGGAGGGGGACAUGGAGCAGCAGGACGAGAAGCAGCGGUUCUCCUCCGUGCUCCUCACCGCGCGCCUCCUGGCCAAGUUCCUGGGGUUCAUCUCCUUCCUGCCCUACCGCACCCCCGAGCCCCCCACCAGGGAGAUCCAGGAGGCCUCCCUCUCCCUCCGCAGCAAGACCUCUCCGGUUCUGGACGUCUGCGCAGUCCUGCGUCGCUGUGUGCGCAGACAGCGCACGGUGCUGACGGUGCCGUGGGUGGUGGAGUUCCUCUCCAUGCUGGACUUCAGCGGACCGUUUCUGCUCUGUUACAGAAGGGCCCUGUGCCUGCUGCUGCAUCUCUAUAGGAGGAUGGUGCUGAUUCGGGACGGGGACAGGGACAGGGACGGGUGCUACCUGAACCAGCUUCUCAUCCUGGCCGUCCUGGGCUGGCUCUUCCAGAUUCCUGUGUUUCCAGAGGACCUGUUCUUCAGCAGUGACCUGGAGGGGACUGAGGUGCUGGAGAAGCCUGCUGUUGCCCAGGGGCUGGACAGUCUCCCCCUGGUGGACCAGCAGCUCCUCUACACCUGCUGCCCUUUCCUGAACGAGUUCCGCAAGCUGCUGGCCGCCUUCGUGGCGGGGAGCACGUCCAAGAGCGGGGGCCUCAUCCGAAAGAUCACCCCCACCUCUGCCGAGCCCCGGGGACCCCCCAGCACCAGAUCCCAGCAGAAGCUGCAGGUGGAGCUGGAGCAGGCCUUCUUCCACAACCAGCCCCCAUCGCUGCGCCGCACCGUGGAGUUUGUGGCUGAAAGGGUGGCGUCCAACUGUGUCAAACACAUAAAGGCCACGCUGGUCUCAGAGCUGGUAUGCAGUGGAGAGCGCACCCUGCUGGAGAGGCUGGGCUCGGAGGACGCCAGCACACUGAAGCUGAACGACUCUCUGUGCGCACAGCUGUGUGACAGAGGCAGGCAGGCGCUGGAGCGCGGCACCAGGUUCUGCAGUGAGAAGGGCCCAGAGGCCAUCCGUGUGCUCCUGCCUGAGGAGACCUCCCCAGCAGUUCUCACGACGUCAGAGGAGAUCACCGUGCGCCUGGCCACCGAGAAAGCCUCUGAUUGGCUGUCCACCAACAUCACAGCCCUGAUUAAGCGGGAGUGGAAGGCUGUGUUUGAGCGUGUGAUGAAGACUCUCCCCGCCGCCCCCCCCUCCACACCCGGGGAGGGGGAAGGGGUCACGGCGGGGGCAACCAAACCACAGCCCCCGCCCCCUCCCCAGGGAGAGGACGCCAGCGCCCUGUGCCCCAAGGACUGCACCCACAGCGCCCCCCUACCGUCAGACGUCAUCAUCGAGAUCAAGGAGGUUCUGAGCAUCACCGUAGGUCCCAGGUGUGAGGGGGAGCAGCAGAGUGUUCAGUCCCUAGAGGACCUGGUGCUGAGACUGGGACAGACGCUAAGCUGCAGGAAGUUCCUGUCCCCGAUGUCCGAGCAGAUGCUGGUGCGCUGCAGUGUUCUGCUGGCCUGCAGUCUGGUGUCUGGAGAGUUGCCCCUGACCCCGCCAGUAGAGGGCGCUGCUGCGGAUGACUCCAGAACAGGGCGGGGCUGUCCCACCAGGGCCCUUCUGGAACAGCUGGUUCAGCUGUGGGGGCGAGAGCCGUGUCCCCCAGCACCUCUGCACCUGCUGUUCAGCCACACGUCACUGGCUGCAGUCCUCAGUGCUAGCGCCACACUGUGGCAGAACUUCCUCUUCCUGGUCCGGCAGCUGUUGCAGAAGGGGCUGCUACGAGAGGAGGAUGUGCUAGCUCAUCGCAGCAGCCUGUCUAAGCUGACCUGGCCAACAGACUCCAUGGAGAGAAUUCAAGAGUUGUCCUCGGUUCUGUCUCAGCCCCUCCCCUCUCCUGCUCACAGAGACACUCUGCAGAGCUCGGAGUGACCAGCAGGGGGAGUACGCCGACAGGGAGCAAGCAGUGCCCCUGCUCUGACGGCUUGACUGCAGAGGGAACACACACCUAUGCUCUAAGACAGAGGUGCCAAACUCCAGUCCUGGAGGGUCACAUUGUCUGCUGGUUUUCAGUGUUUCAGCACAAGUGAUUCAUUUAAGUCAUUGAUUGGCUAA